AUGGAGGAGAAGCUAACUGAUCUCGAGAGCCGUUCGAGAAGAGAAAACAUUCGAGUAUAUGGGGUACCAGAGAUGUCAGAGCGAGACUCUUCUUCAACUGGGUGGUCCUCACAGAGACCAGAGGACUGGGUGGUCCUCACAGAGACCAGAGGACUGGGUGGUCCUCACAGAGACCAGAGGACUGGGUGGUCCUCACAGAGACCAGAGGACUGGGUGGUCCUCACAGAGACCAGAGGACUGGGUGGUCCUCACAGAGACCAGAGGACUGGGUGGUCCUCACAGAGACCACAGGACUGGGUGGUCCUCACAGAGACCAGAGGACUGGGUGGUCCUCACAGAGACCAGAGGACUGGGUGGUCCUCACAGAGACCAGAGGACUGGGUGGUCCUCACAGAGACCCCAGGACUGGGUGGUCCUCACAGAGACCACAGGACUGGAUGGUCCUCACAGAGACCACAGGACUGGAUGGUCCUCACAGAGACCACAGGACUGGGUGGUCCUCACAGAGACCACAGGACUGGGUGGUCCUCACAGAGACCACAGGACUGGAUGGUCCUCACAGAGACCACAGGACUGGGUGGUCCUCACAGAGACCACAGGACUGGGUGGUCCUCACAGAGACCAGAGGACUGGGUGGUCCUCACAGAAACCACAGGACUGGGUGGUCCUCACAGAGACCAGAGGACUGGGUGGUCCUCACAGAGACCACAGGACUGGAUGGUCCUCACAGAGACCACAGGACUAGGUGGUCCUCACAGAGACCACAGGACUGGAUGGUCCUCACAGAGACCACAGGACUGGGUGGUCCUCACAGAGACCACAGGACUGGGUGGUCCUCACAGAGACCACAGGACUGGGUGGUCCUCACAGAGACCACAGGACUGGGUGGUCCUCACAGAGACCACAGGACUAGUGAGCGCCCUCUACAGGCGGCUGGAGGAAAAGGUGCAUGUCCUGGUGCAGAGCUCCAACCUCAGGCUGCAACAUCUGCAACAUCUGCAGCAGCUGAGAGACACGCAGGGACGGAUGCUGCAGGUGCAGCAGUGGUUGGAUGAGGAGGGAGAGCGCCACCUGCUGGAGGCUCAGUCUGUGGAGGACUGUGGAGAACACACCCUCGAGCACUACACUGCCUUCAUCACCCAGGCUAAUGAGCAGAGGCAGCUCGCCAUGAGCCUGGUGUCCGAGGCUGAGCAGCUGCUGCAGGGUCUGACCUCUGACCCCCAGACCGAGGCCUUCAGGGUCUUUGUGGAGAGCUUCAGGUCGGGGCUGGAGGACUUCCUGAGCCGAGCCGAGGCCUGCGGCAGAGAACUGCAGAGUGUGGUCCACGUCUGGGACCUCUGCCAACAGGCCACGGCUCUCGCCAACGAAUCCCUGGACUACUUGGAGCACAAGACCCAGGACCAGACCCAGGACCAGAUCCAGGACCCAGACCCAGAGCUGCUGACCCUCCAGCACCUGCUGCAGCGGCUGCAUCAGCUGAGCCCUGAGCUCCAGGAGGCCAGCAGGGUGCGCUCUCCUCGCUGCAUGCUGCAGUGGAACGCUGCAUGGCUGCGGUGGCAGGAGGCGCAGCAGCAGCUGGAGGAGCGCAUCUCUGAGAGGAGCAGGAGGCAGCGCCACUACAGAGACCCGGUCCAUACAGAGCUCAGAACAAGACCAGGACCAGGACCUGUACACCCACAGUGGGACGAAGCAGUGUCUGGAGGAGCAGGAGGAGGAGAAGGAGGAGGAGGAGGAGGAGGAGGAGGAGGAGGAGGAGGAGGAGAGAAGCCAGAGGAGGAGCCUCCGUCCCCUCGCAGGUCGCUGAGGGAGUCUCGGCGCAGACGUGCGGCUCGCGCCCGCAGUGAGCGAGACGCAGCGGCUCUGUCCCAGACGCACACCUCCGGCUGUACCUGGUUCCCCUGGAGCCGCUCUGUGAACCACGACACCUGCAGUACCACCUCCUCCAGAGGGGGCGCCACCUCCUCCAGAAGGGGAGCCACCUCCUGUUCCAUCCUGCAGGAGGCUCAGAGGCACAGCAGCUUCUGUUCAGAGCCCAGCGGGUGUCCUCCAGGUGCUACGGGAAGUCUGAGCACGUACGAGUCGAAUCUGUGCGACAGCUCCACCCGCUCUCUGCGUCUACAGCGGCUGCUGGAGGAGCUGGUGGUCACAGAAAGAGAGUAUGUCCGCUCUCUGGGCUACGUGCUGACUCACUACCUCCCCCUGCUGGAGCGGCAAGACCUGCCCCAGGACCUGCGCGGGAACAAGGCCCUGAUCUUUGGGACCCUGGAGCAACUCUUCCACUUCCACAGCCUCAGCUUCCUCCCAGAGCUGGAGGCCUGCGAGGGCCGCGAGGGCCGCCCGGGCCUCAUCGCCCGCUGCUUCCUCCGCCACAGCCAGUCCCUGGGUCUUUACGCUCUCUACAGUAAGAACAAACCUCAGUCUGACGCCCUGAUCCUGCAGCAGCGCCACGACAUCUUCAAGGUCCUCUCACCUCUCUCCUCUCUCCUCUCUCCUCUCUCCUCUGUCCUCUCACCUCUCUCCUCUGUCCUCUGUCCUCUGUCCUCUGUCCUCUCUCCUCUCUCCUCUGUCCUCUCUCCUCUGUCCUCUCUCCUCUGUCCUCUCUCCUCUGUCCUCUCACCUCUCUCCUCUGUCCUCUCUCCUCUGUCCUCUCUCCUCUGUCCUCUCUCCUCUCUCCUCUCUCCUCUCUCCUCUGUCCUCUCUCCUCUCUCCUCUGUCCUCUCUCCUCUGUCCUCUGUCCUCUCUCCUCUGUCCUCUCUCCUCUCUCCUCUGUCCUCUGUCCUCUGUCCUCUCUCCUCUGUCCUCUAUCCUCUCUCCUCUGUCCUCUCACCUCUCUCCUCUGUCCUCUCUCCUCUGUCCUCUCUCCUCUGUCCUCUCUCCUCUGUCCUCUCUCCUCUGUCCUCUCUCCUCUCUCCUCUGUCCUCUGUCCUCUCUCCUCUGUCCUCUCACCUCUCUCCUCUGUCCUCUCUCCUCUCUCCUCUGUCCUCUGUCCUCUCUCCUCUGUCCUCUCUCCUCUGUCCUCUCUCCUCUGUCCUCUCACCUCUCUCCUCUGUCCUCUCUCCUCUGUCCUCUCUCCUCUGUCCUCUCUCCCUCUCUCCUCUCUCCUCUCUCCUCUGUCCUCUCUCCUCUCUCCUCUGUCCUCUCACCUCUCUCCUCUGUCCUCUGUCCUCUGUCUCUGUCCUCUCUCCUCUCUCCUCUGUCCUCUCUCCUCUGUCCUCUCUCCUCUGUCCUCUCUCCUCUGUCCUCUCACCUCUCUCCUCUGUCCUCUCUCCUCUGUCCUCUCUCCUCUCUCCUCUCUCCUCUCUCCUCUCUCCUCUGUCCUCUCUCUCCUCUCUCCUCUGUCCUCUCACCUCUCUCCUCUGUCCUCUGUCCUCUGUCCUCUGUCCUCUCUCCUCUCUCCUCUGUCCUCUCUCCUCUGUCCUCUCUCCUCUCCUCCUCUGUCCUCUGUCCUCUCUCCUCUGUCCUCUCACCUCUCUCCUCUGUCCUCUCUCCUCUCUCCUCUGUCCUCUGUCCUCUCUCCUCUGUCCUCUCUCCUCUGUCCUCUCUCCUCUGUCCUCUCACCUCUCUCCUCUGUCCUCUCUCCUCUGUCCUCUCUCCUCUGUCCUCUCUCCUCUCUCCUCUCUCCUCUGUCCUCUCUCCUCUCUCCUCUGUCCUCUCACCUCUCUCCUCUGUCCUCUGUCCUCUGUCCUCUGUCCUCUCUCCUCUCUCCUCUGUCCUCUCUCCUCUGUCCUCUCUCCUCUGUCCUCUCUCCUCUGUCCUCUCACCUCUCUCCUCUGUCCUCUCUCCUCUCUCCUCUCUCCUCUCUCCUCUCUCCUCUCUCCUCUCUCCUCUGUCCUCUCUCCUCUCUCCUCUGUCCUCUCACCUCUCUCCUCUGUCCUCUGUCCUCUGUCCUCUGUCCUCUCUCCUCUCUCCUCUGUCCUCUCUCCUCUGUCCUCUCUCCUCUGUCCUCUCUCCUCUGUCCUCUCACCUCUCUCCUCUGUCCUCUCUCCUCUGUCCUCUCUCCUCUGUCCUCUCUCCUCUCUCCUCUCUCCUCUCUCCUCUGUCCUCUCUCCUCUCUCCUCUGUCCUCUCUCCUCUGUCCUCUGUCCUCUCUCCUCUGUCCUCUCUCCUCUCUCCUCUGUCCUCUGUCCUCUGUCCUCUCUCCUCUGUCCUCUAUCCUCUCUCCUCUGUCCUCUCACCUCUCUCCUCUGUCCUCUCUCCUCUGUCCUCUCUCCUCUGUCCUCUCUCCUCUGUCCUCUCUCCUCUGUCCUCUCUCCUCUCUCCUCUGUCCUCUGUCCUCUCUCCUCUGUCCUCUCACCUCUCUCCUCUGUCCUCUCUCCUCUCUCCUCUGUCCUCUGUCCUCUCUCCUCUGUCCUCUCUCCUCUGUCCUCUCUCCUCUGUCCUCUCACCUCUCUCCUCUGUCCUCUCUCCUCUGUCCUCUCUCCUCUGUCCUCUCUCCUCUCUCUCCUCUCUCCUCUGUCCUCUCACCUCUCUCCUCUCUCCUCUCUCCUCUGUCCUCUCUCCUCUGUCCUCUCUCCUCUCUCCUCUGUCCUCUCUCCUCUCUCCUCUCUCCUCUCUCCUCUGUCCUCUCACCUCUCUCCUCUCUCCUCUCUCCUCUGUCCUCUCUCCUCUCUCCUCUGUCCUCUGUCCUCUCUCCUCUGUCCUCUAUCCUCUCACCUGUCUCCUCUCUCCUCUGUCCUCUCACCUCUCUCCUCUCUCCUCUCUCCUCUGUCCUCUCUCCUCUGUCCUCUGUCCUCUCUCCUCUGUCCUCUCUCCUCUCUCCUCUGUCCUCUCUCCUCUCUCCUCUGUCCUCUCUCCUCUGUCCUCUGUCCUCUGUCCUCUGUCCUCUCACCUCUCUCCUCUGUCCUCUCUCCUCUCACCUCUCUCCUCUCUCCUCUGUCCUCUCUCCUCUGUCCUCUCUCCUCUCUCCUCUGUCCUCUCUCCUCUCUCCUCUGUCCUCUCUCCUCUGUCCUCUCUCCUCUGUCCUCUCACCUCUCUCUUCUCUCCUCUGUCCUCUCUCCUCUCACCUCUCUCCUCUCUCCUCUGUCCUCUCUCCUCUCUCCUCUCUCCUCUCUCCUCUGUCCUCUCACCUCUCUCCUCUCUCCUCUCUCCUCUUUCCUCUCUCCUCUCUCCUCUGUCCUCUGUCCUCUCUCCUCUGUCCUCUAUCCUCUCACCUGUCUCCUCUCUCCUCUGUCCUCUCACCUCUCUCCUCUCUCCUCUCUCCUCUGUCCUCUCUCCUCUGUCCUCUGUCCUCUCUCCUCUGUCCUCUCUCCUCUCUCCUCUGUCCUCUCUCCUCUCUCCUCUGUCCUCUCUCCUCUGUCCUCUGUCCUCUGUCCUCUCACCUCUCUCCUCUGUCCUCUCUCCUCUCACCUCUCUCCUCUCUCCUCUGUCCUCUCUCCUCUGUCCUCUCUCCUCUCUCCUCUGUCCUCUCUCCUCUCUCCUCUGUCCUCUCUCCUCUGUCCUCUCUCCUCUGUCCUCUCACCUCUCUCUUCUCUCCUCUGUCCUCUCUCCUCUCACCUCUCUCCUCUCUCCUCUGUCCUCUCUCCUCUCUCCUCUCUCCUCUGUCCUCUCUCCUCUCACCUCUCUCCUCUCUCCUCUGUCCUCUCUCCUCUGUCCUCUCUCCUCUGUCCUCUCUCCUCUGUCCUCUGUCCUCUCUCCUCUCUCCUCUGUCCUCUCUCCUCUCUCCUCUCUCCUCUGUCCUCUCUCCUCUGUCCUCUCUCCUCUGUCCUCUCUCCUCUGUCCUCUCUCCUCUCUCCUCUGUCCUCUCUCCUCUGUCCUCUCUCCUCUGUCCUCUCUCCUCUGUCCUCUCUCCUCUCUCCUCUGUCCUCUCUCCUCUCUCCUCUCUCCUCUGUCCUCUCUCCUCUGUCCUCUCUCCUCUGUCCUCUCUCCUCUGUCCUCUCUCCUCUGUCCUCUCUCCUCUCUCCUCUGUCCUCUCUCCUCUGUCCUCUCUCCUCUGUCCUCUCUCCUCUGUCCUCUCUCCUCUCUCCUCUGUCCUCUCUCCUCUCUCCUCUCUCCUCUGUCCUCUCUCCUCUGUCCUCUCUCCUCUGUCCUCUCACCUCUCUCCUCUGUCCUCUCUCCUCUGUCCUCUCUCCUCUGUCCUCUCUCCUCUCUCCUCUGUCCUCUCUCCUCUCUCCUCUCUCCUCUGUCCUCUCUCCUCUGUCCUCUCUCCUCUGUCCUCUCUCCUCUGUCCUCUCACCUCUCUCCUCUGUCCUCUCUCCUCUGUCCUCUCUCCUCUAGGAAGCAGCAGGAGCUGGGGGACCAUAUGGACCUGUCCUCGUACCUGCUGAGGCCCAUCCAGAGGAUCAGCAAGUACAGUCUGCUGCUGCAAGACAUGCUGACCCUGAGCCCAGACCAGAGCGAGCAAGACCAGAGGGGGCCAGACCAGAGGGAGCCAGACCAGAGGGAGCCAGACCAGAGGGAGCCAGACCAGAGGGAGCCAGACCAGAGGGAGCGAGACAGAGACGACCUCCAGGCGGCGGCUCAACUGGUGCGCUACCAGAUGAGACAUGGCAACGACCUGCUGACCAUGGACGCCAUCCAAGACUGUGACGUGAACCUGAAGGAGCAGGGUUUGCUGGUUCGUCAGGAUGAGUUUUCCGUCUUGUUCCGGAAGAAGAAGUGUGUUCGUCGAGUCUUUCUGUUCGAGGAACUCAUCGUCUUCAGCAAAACCCGGAAAACAAACGGAAACGACAUCUACGUCUACAAGCAGAGCUUCAAGACCAGUGAGAUUGGAAUGACCCAGAACUCUCCUCUGAGUGGACCGUGUUUUGAGGUUUGGUUCCGGCGCCGGAGGAGUCAGGACACGUUCACUCUGAGGGCCGCCAGUGAGGACCUGAAGGAGGCCUGGACCGCGGACCUGGAGAGUAUCCUGUGGAACCAGGCCUCCCGCAGCAGAGAGCUGCGUCUCCAGGAGCGAGUGUUCAUGGGACUCGGACACAAACCGUUUCUGGACAUUCAGCCGAGCGCCGCCGCCAUCUGCGACCGCACCGUGAGCUGUGGCCUCCAGGGAAAAGUCCCUGUGUCCUGUUGUCCUCACAGAGCACUGGUACAGCGCCCCCUGUCCCUCGGCUCGGGCAGCACAGCCUCCACCGCACUGAGCCAGUCCUCGUCCUCGUCGGGUCGAGGGUCCCUGCCCCCUGCCGCGUGUCCCGGGACAGAGGCCCUGUGCUCCGCUGAGGCCCUGUGCUCCUCUGAGGCCCUGUGCUCCUCUGAGGCCCUGUGCUCCUCUGAGGCCCUGUGCUCCUCUGAGGCCCUGUGCUCCUCUGAGGCCCUGUGCUCCUCUGAGGCCCUGUGCUCCGCUGAGGCCCUGUGCUCCGCUGAGGCUGCCAUGGAGAACCAGCUCAACCACCUGCACCUGCUCCAGGACGAGCCCUGGGGAGCUCCUCUGCCCCGCCAGGACAGCAGGGACUCCUCGAGGGGCUGCCUGUCUGCAUUGGGGACUGAGGUGGUGGACUCCCCCUCCUCCCUCCUAUCCCCCUCCCCCCUCCUCUCCCCCUCCUCCCUCCUCUUCCCCUCCCCCUCCCCCCUCCUCUCCCCCUCCUCCCUCCUCUUCCCCUCCCCCUCCCCCCUCAUCUCCCCCUCCUCCCUCCUCUCCCGUCGCAGCUCUCUGUGCCGCACCCCCAGCUCCUCAGGCCUGUCCCACAGAGCUCGAGGUCUGGUCCACAAGUCCCACAGCCUGCCCACGGUCCAGUACUGGUGUACGAUGGUGUCAGUGCUGGUGUACGAUGGUGUCAGUGCUGGUGUACGAUGGUGUCAGUACUGGUGUACGAUGGUGUCAGUACUGGUGUACGAUGGUGUCAGUACUGGUGUACGAUGGUGUCAGUACUGGUGUACGAUGGUGUCAGUACUGGUGUACGAUGGUGUGAGUGCUGGUGUACGAUGGUUACUGGUGUACGAUGGUGUCAGUGCUGGUGUACGAUGGUGUCAGUGCUGGUGUACGAUGGUGUCAGUGCUGGUGUACGAUGGUAUAAGUACUGGUGUACGAUGGUGUCAGUACUGGUGUACGAUGGUGUCAGUACUGGUGUACGAUGGUGUCAGUACUGGUUGCUGGUGUACGAUGGUGUCAGUGCUGGUGUACGAUGGUGUCAGUGCUGGUGUACGAUGGUAUAAGUACUGGUGUACGAUGGUGUCAGUACUGGUGUACGAUGGUGUGAGUACUGGUGUACGAUGGUGUCAGUGCUGGUGUACGAUGGUAGGACCAGAGGCACUGUCAGACACACACCAGCAGAGGGCCCUGUCAGACACACACCAGCAGAGGGCCCUGUCAGACACACACCAGCAGAGGGCGCUGUCAGACACACACCAGCAGAGGGCGCUGUCAGACACACACCAGCAGGGAGCGCUGUCAGACACACACCAGCAGAGGGCACUGUCAGACACACACCAGCAGAGGGCGCUGUCAGACACACACCAGCAGGGAGCGCUGUCAGACACACACCAGCAGAGGGCGCUGUCAGACACACACCAGCAGAGGGCGCUGUCAGACACACACCAGCAGAGGGCGCUGUCAGACACACACCAGCAGAGGGCGCUGUCAGACACACACCAGCAGAGGGCGCUGUCAGACACACACCAGCAGAGGGCGCUGUCAGACACACACCAGCAGAGGGCGCUGUCAGACACACACCAGCAGGGGGCGCUGUCAGACACACACCAGCAGAGGGCGCUGUCAGACACACACCAGCAGGGGGCGCUGUCAGACACACACCAGCAGAGGGCGCUGUCAGACACACACCAGCAGAGGGCGCUGUCAGACACACACCAGCAGAGGGCACUGUCAGACACACACCAGCAGAGGGCACUGUCAGACACACACCAGCAGAGGGCCCUGUCAGACACACACACAGCAGAGGGCGCUGUCAGACACACACCAGCAGAGGGCGCUGUCAGACACACACCAGCAGAGGGCACUGUCAGACACACACCAGCAGAGGGCGCUGUCAGACACACACCAGCAGAGGGCGCUGUCAGACACACACCAGCAGAGGGCACUGUCAGACACACACCAGCAGAGGGCGCUGUCAGACACACACCAGCAGAGGGCACUGUCAGACACACACCAGCAGAGGGCGCUGUCAGACACACACCAGCAGAGGGCGCUGUCAGACACACACCAGCAGAGGGCGCUACACACACCAGCAGAGGGCGCUGUCAGACACACACACCAGCAGAGGGCACUGUCAGACACACACAGCAGAGGGCGCUGUCAGACACACACCAGCAGAGGGCACUGUCAGACACACACCAGCAGAGGGCGCUGUCAGACACACACCAGCAGAGGGCCCUGUCAGACACACACCAGCAGAGGGCGCUGUCAGACACACACCAGCAGAGGGCACUGUCAGACACACACCAGCAGAGGGCGCUGUCAGACACACACCAGCAGAGGGCGCUGUCAGACACACACCAGCAGAGGGCGCUGUCAGACACACACCAGCAGAGGGCGCUGUCAGACACACACCAGCAGAGGGCGCUGUCAGACACACACCAGCAGAGGGCCCUGUCAGACACACACCAGCAGGGGGCGCUGUCAGACACACACCAGCAGAGGGCGCUGUCAGACACACACCAGCAGAGGGCCCUGUCAGACACACACCAGCAGAGGGCCCUGUCAGACACACACCAGCAGAGGGCGCUGUCAGACACACACCAGCAGGGGGCGCUGUCAGACACACACCAGCAGAGGGCGCUGUCAGACACACACCAGCAGGGAGCGCUGUCAGACACACACCAGCAGAGGGCGCUGUCAGACACACACCAGCAGAGGGCGCUGUCAGACACACACCAGCAGAGGGCGCUGUCAGACACACACCAGCAGAGGGCGCUGUCAGACACACACCAGCAGAGGGCGCUGUCAGACACACACCAGCAGAGGGCGCUGUCAGACACACACCAGCAGAGGGCGCUGUCAGACACACACCAGCAGGGGGCGCUGUCAGACACACACCAGCAGAGGGCGCUGUCAGACACACACCAGCAGGGGGCGCUGUCAGACACACACCAGCAGAGGGCGCUGUCAGACACACACCAGCAGAGGGCGCUGUCAGACACACACCAGCAGAGGGCGCUGUCAGACACACACCAGCAGAGGGCACUGUCAGACACACACCAGCAGAGGGCGCUGUCAGACACACACCAGCAGAGGGCGCUGUCAGACACACACCAGCAGAGGGCGCUGUCAGACACACACCAGCAGAGGGCACUGUCAGACACACACCAGCAGAGGGCGCUGUCAGACACACACCAGCAGAGGGCGCUGUCAGACACACACCAGCAGAGGGCACUGUCAGACACACACCAGCAGAGGGCGCUGUCAGACACACACCAGCAGAGGGCACUGUCAGACACACACCAGCAGAGGGCGCUGUCAGACACACACCAGCAGAGGGCGCUGUCAGACACACACCAGCAGAGGGCGCUGUCAGACACACACCAGCAGGGGGCGCUGUCAGACACACACCAGCAGAGGGCGCUGUCAGACACACACCAGCAGGGGGCGCUGUCAGACACACACCAGCAGAGGGCGCUGUCAGACACACACCAGCAGAGGGCACUGUCAGACACACACCAGCAGAGGGCGCUGUCAGACACACACCAGCAGAGGGCACUGUCAGACACACACCAGCAGAGGGCGCUGUCAGACACACACCAGCAGAGGGCCCUGUCAGACACACACCAGCAGAGGGCGCUGUCAGACACACACCAGCAGAGGGCACUGUCAGACACACACCAGCAGAGGGCGCUGUCAGACACACACCAGCAGAGGGCGCUGUCAGACACACACCAGCAGAGGGCGCUGUCAGACACACACCAGCAGAGGGCGCUGUCAGACACACACCAGCAGAGGGCGCUGUCAGACACACACCAGCAGAGGGCCCUGUCAGACACACACCAGCAGGGGGCGCUGUCAGACACACACCAGCAGAGGGCGCUGUCAGACACACACCAGCAGAGGGCCCUGUCAGACACACACCAGCAGAGGGCCCUGUCAGACACACACCAGCAGAGGGCGCUGUCAGACACACACCAGCAGGGGGCGCUGUCAGACACACACCAGCAGAGGGCGCUGUCAGACACACACCAGCAGAGGGCACUGUCAGACACACACCAGCAGAGGGCGCUGUCAGACACACACCAGCAGAGGGCGCUGUCAGACACACACCAGCAGAACACACACCAGCAGGGAGCGCUGUCAGACACACACCAGCAGAGGGCACUGUCAGACACACACCAGCAGGGGGCGCUGUCAGACACACACCAGCAGAACACACACCAGCAGAGGGCGCUGUCAGACACACACCAGCAGAGGGCGCUGUCAGACACACACCAGCAGGGGGCGCUGUCAGACACACACCAGCAGAGGGCGCUGUCAGACACACACCAGCAGGGGGCGCUGUCAGACACACACCAGCAGAACACACACCAGCAGAGGGCGCUGUCAGACACACACCAGCAGGGAGCGCUGUCAGACACACACCAGCAGAGGGCACUGUCAGACACACACCAGCAGAGGGCCCUGUCAGACACACACCAGCAGAGGGCACUGUCAGACACACACCAGCAGAGGGCGCUGUCAGACACACACCAGCAGGGGGCGCUGUCAGACACACACCAGCAGAGGGCACUGUCAGACACACACCAGCAGAGGGCGCUGUCAGACACACACCAGCAGAGGGCGCUGUCAGACACACACCAGCAGAGGGCGCUGUCAGACACACACCAGCAGAGGGCGCUGUCAGACACACACCAGCAGAGGGCGCUGUCAGACACACACCAGCAGAGGGCGCUGUCAGACACACACCAGCAGAGGGCGCUGUCAGACACACACCAGCAGAGGGCACUGUCAGACACACACCAGCAGAGGGCGCUGUCAGACACACACCAGCAGGGGGCGCUGUCAGACACACACCAGCAGGGGGCGCAGUCAGACACACACCAGCAGAGGGCGCUGUCAGACACACACCAGCAGAGGGCGCUGUCAGACACACACCAGCAGAGGGCGCUGUCAGACACACACCAGCAGAACACACACCAGCAGGGAGCGCUGUCAGACACACACCAGCAGAGGGCGCUGUCAGACACACACCAGCAGAGGGCGCUGUCAGACACACACCAGCAGAGGGCGCUGUCAGACACACACCAGCAGAGGGCGCUGUCAGACACACACCAGCAGAGGGCGCUGUCAGACACACACCAGCAGAGGGCCCUGUCAGACACACACCAGCAGGGGGCGCAGUCAGACACACACCAGCAGAGGGCGCUGUCAGACACACACCAGCAGAGGGCGCUGUCAGACACACACCAGCAGAGGGCGCUGUCAGACACACACCAGCAGAGGGCGCUGUCAGACACACACCAGCAGAACACACACCAGCAGGCGCUGUCAGACACACACCAGCAGAGGGCGCUUUCUCCUGGAGCCCGUUUAUUUCACGUCCUCGUGUUCAUUCAACACUCCAGGUCUCCCCCUGGUGGCUACUCCUUAUAA